CUGGGCGGGGUGUUGAUGUACUGGGCGGGAGCUGAAACGAAAUGAGGACAAAAGUUGUCCCGUUGGAAUUGUAGUCCAGAAGCUAGCUAGAGUCUCUUUAUCUGUUAUUCGCAAGGACAAUCAGUUGGAGGGAGUUUCGCUCCUCUCUUCCAUUGCUAGACACAAGUUGAAGCUUGCCAAGAGGUAAGGCAGACGGAAAUAGUCCGAAAAUGCCUCCCAUCGACAAUGACACCGGGAGGAAUCAACUAAAGUCUCGGAUACAGGAGCUUAUUGAUUCUAAUCAAGUGUUGGUAUUCAGUAAAAGCCACUGUCCAUUUUGUGUGAAGGUGAAGGAUCUGUUCAAGGAGCUGAACGUGAACUGCAAUGUAGUGGAGUUGGAUUUAAUUGAGGAUGGAUCAAACUAUCAAGAACUGCUGCUUGAGAUGACCGGACAGAAAACUGUCCCCAAUGUCUUCAUCAACAAGACACACGUCGGUGGCUGUGACAAAACAAUGAAGGCCCACAAAGAUGGUGUCCUGCAGCAACUGCUGUGCGGGGAGAAUGAGGUCUACGACUACGACCUCAUCGUCAUCGGGGGCGGCUCGGGAGGCCUGGCCUGCUCAAAGGAGGCAGCAUUGCUGGGCAAGAAGGUGAUGGUGUUGGACUAUGUGGUGCCCACGCCGAAAGGGAACACAUGGGGCCUGGGCGGCACAUGCGUGAACGUGGGCUGCAUCCCCAAGAAGCUGAUGCACCAGACGGCCCUGCUAGGGACUUCCAUGCAGGACGCCCGCAAGUUUGGGUGGGAGUUGCCCGAGGAGACAGUGAAGCACAACUGGGAGACGAUGAAGACGGCGGUGAACAACUACAUUGGCUCGUUGAACUGGGGCUACCGGGUGGCGCUGCGCGACAAGAACGUCAACUACGUCAACUCCUAUGCUGAGUUCAUCGAGUCGCACAAAAUCAAGGCGACCAACAAGCGAGGGAAGGAGACCUUCCAUACGGCCGCAAAGUUUAUCCUGGCGACGGGCGAGAGGCCACGUUACCUGGGCAUCCCCGGUGACAAAGAGUACUGCAUCACCAGUGAUGACCUGUUCUCUCUGCCCCACUGCCCCGGCAAGACCCUGGUGAUCGGGGCAUCCUACGUAGCGCUGGAGUGCGGGGGUUUCCUGGCGGGCCUUGGCCUGGACGUGACCGUCAUGGUACGCUCCAUCCUGCUGAGGGGCUUCGACCAGGACAUGGCCAACCGUGCCGGCAAGCACAUGGAGGAGCAUGGCGUAAAGUUCCUCCGGAAGUACGUCCCUGUCAAGGUGGAGGAGCUGGAGGCAGGCACUCCUGGGAGGCUGAAGGUGACAGCCAAGAGCACGGAGGGAGACGAGACCAUCGAGGGAGAGUACAACACUGUGUUGAUAGCCGUGGGGCGCGACGCCUGUACAGGAAAGAUCGGCCUGGAUCAAGCCGGGGUCAAAGUCAACCCCAAGAACGGAAAGAUCCCGGUGAAUGACGAGGAGCAGACUAACGUGCCGCACAUCUACGCCAUCGGAGACAUCCUGGAGGGCAAGUGGGAGCUGACGCCCGUGGCUAUCCAGGCUGGCAAGCUGCUGGCACGCCGGCUGUACACGGGCGCCUCGCUCAAGUGUGACUACGUGAAUGUUCCCACCACGGUGUUCACCCCUCUGGAGUAUGGCGCCUGUGGUCUGUCUGAGGAGAAAGCUAUCGAGCUGUACGGCCAAGACAACCUGGAGGUGUACCACAGUCUCUUCUGGCCUCUGGAGUUCACCAUCCCCAACAGGGACAACAACAAGUGCUACUCCAAGAUCAUCUGCAAUAAACUGGACAAUGACCGUGUGAUCGGGUUCCAUUACCUGGGGCCCAACGCGGGAGAGGUGACGCAGGGCUACGGCGUGGCCAUGAAGUGUGGCCUGACCAAAGAGCAGCUGGACAACACCAUCGGCAUACACCCCACCUGCGCUGAGAUCUUCACCACCAUGGAGGUGACCAAGAGCUCGGGCGGUGACAUCACCCAGACGGGCUGCUGAGGUUAAACCCUGCUCGUUUAACGGGCUGUCCUGUUCUCCAUCUUAGAUCUCUCGCCUCGUAGCUCUGCGCCAACCUGGCCCCCUCUCAAAUUCUACACCCAAGACCAAUCGCUUCUCAGGAAAAACCAAUAAGUUGAUCCGAAACCGGGGGGGGGGGUCUGAACGGA